AUGACCUUGACAGCCGAGUCCGUCGCAAAUACCGCCACAGACGAGCCGCCAGAUGCAAUUGCUCAUCUCCAGGGUUGCUUGCCGCUCCCAGGCUCGCAGGGCUUGAAUUUUACCAGAAAAAGUGACGCUGUCCUGCACAAGUUUGACAAGCCGUUGGAUUCGACUUACUUGCUCACAAGCCCAAUGCUAUCCCACCCACCGUCCCCUGCGUUUGAUGGAGUCAUGCCUAAACUAGGAUAUAGUCCUGGCCACACCGAGUCUUUAUCUGGCAGUCCUAGCAGCGUGACGAGCGCAAUAAGUUGCGCGUCGCUUCGGCGCGGUGACACGGCAGAUACAGAAGAUGAACCCGAGAUGGAGCUUGAAGCGGUAGAUGAGGCCGAGGAGUUGGACUUGAAUAACCAUACCCUCUCUUCGUUGAAUCUGGACGAUAAAAGAGUUCCUACGUCUGUAACAGAGUCAAUGGACAUGUACCCUGUUCCACCGAACCCUGUAUCCGUCCGCUCAAAAAAAGAAGACGAAAAAGCUGCCUUGAGUUCCAGGGAGUCCAUUCAGCUCCGAAAAGGCCGUGUUUUUGAACUUGCUGCCAAUGCCAACGAGAUAUCACGACCAGCGGUAGACCAUGAUUCACCAGUGACCUCGUCACAUGAAUGGGAGGGUGAAAUUAUGGAGCCACCACCACCUCAGCCGAACCUUCAUCCCCAUGAAACAGUCCCUGCUAUUCCCUCACCGCUCUGUGUAUCAUACGAACCAGGAGAAAAUCCGUCCAAGUCGGACUCGCGUCGUGUGUUAGGCGUGUCUGAUUCUGAGCAUCGCAAUGAUGCGGGGCGUCGCGAGUCAACACCUGCUCGUCGGCGUUCGCGUCGCUUGUCUCGUGGACGACAGCCUCUCAAAUCGGCCCUUUCGUCGUCAGAAGACGAGAAGCAAGGCGAGUCGCGCAAGAAAAACGGCAAAAAACAUUCCGUCCGAUUUUGUAAUGGUCCACCCGAAGAGAGGCGUACACACAGCCCCGUGGAUUAUGACAGAAAAGCUCAUCCUGUGCACAGUCGUCUGUGCAGUGAAGAUUUGCGCGAGCUUCGUGACCUCAAUAUGCCCAUCGAUCUGCUUCAGUCUCGCUGUCAGUGUACAGGUGAGCCGGAUCAACAGAGCAUGGCUUCACCAAAAGAUAAUACUCUUUCUAGUCUGCCAAAGUAUGACUUGUGGCAUACGGUUGCCAUGCAGGGACGGUCAGCAUCCACGGAGCCUACACCACCAGCUUGCCCCACAGCGUCGAACGCAUGGGAAUACAUGGAUGAAGCUGCGAAGUGUAAUGAAGCGACUAGCUUCAGACAGAAAGACGCCACGCAACGUACAUCACGCUCUCUGGAUCAGCAUGACCCACUUGAUGACCUGAACGCGAUGCAUCGUGAACGUGCUAGAACCCCUAGUUUCUAUGGCACGUCGGCUCAUCCGAGCUCAGCCGCUGGAUCGACGCUAGCGUCGUCGAUAGCGGCUCGUUUUGGGCUUUACAAACCACCGCCACCCUUGCCAGGCAUGGAGCGCUCGGUUCCAGCUCUUUCGGAAGCGUCGAAGAGCACGUCGAAUUUGGUUCCUCGCGUGUCUGCAAGGUCAGUUUCAGCUCAAAGUACACCACAAAAGCGACAAUCGCGUUCGCUGUCGCCGCACACAGAUACCAAAUGCCCUAUCGGUGAACUUGGCAGCUAUGGCUCUGAAUAUGACAUGAUGAACAUAUGA